GAAGAAACCACCGUCCCCCACUGACAAAGAGUCUUGGAAAGAGAGGAGAAAAUUAUCUCUCCAAAAAAAGGGCGGACCUCACCUCAAACUCUGGUAAGAUGGCUACUCUUAAGACUAAACAGUGUCUAAACCUCGUAACUCGAUUCAUCAACUCUCGAACUCCACCUUUUCAUUACAAAAAUACCCGCACUCUCCAAACCCUAGCUUUCGAAGAAAUCCAAUCUUCACCCAACAAACCUGACGCGCCUACAGCUUUCAUUCUCCACGGGCUCUUAGGUUCUGGUCGCAACUGGGGUUCUUUCUCUCGCAAUCUCGCUUCCUUUCUUUCUGAGUGGAGGAUGGUGCUUGUGGAUAUGAGGAACCAUGGCAAAUCUGUUGAUAUAGAGGGAUUAGACCCACCUCAUAAUAUGUUUAAUGCGGCUAUGGAUGUGGCUAAUUUGGUGAAAGAGAAAGGUUGGGAAUGGCCUGAUGUUGUUAUUGGUCAUUCUAUGGGAGGCAAAGUUGCUUUGCAAUUUGCUGAGAGCUGCACUCGUGGUGAUUAUGGUCAUUCUGUUUCUUUUCCUAAACAGCUGUGGGUACUGGAUUCUGUGCCUGUAGAAGUAAGUCCUGAAUAUAGUGAUGGAGAAGUUGAAAAAGUUUUGAGGACCUUGCAUAGUUUACCCUCACCAAUCCCAUCACGAAGGUAAAUGUUUCUAUCAUGUUAUUGAUCUGAUAUUUUAUUUUUGUUUUUGGUUUUACUUGCAUGAUUG